UUUUAACUCCUCCAUUUCGUAUUUCCUUUCAGUCUCUCUCUGCUGGAUCCUGCUCUCUCUCUAUCUCUAAUGCGCAGAUUCAAACUCCUUUCUUCAUCUCACAGGAUUACUUCACAGUUUUACAGUUUCUUACAAGUCAUUAUUUUCAUAUUUUGAAGAAAAACGCACCGAAUCACUCCAUCUCCGGCACUUUUCCGGACAUGUCCAGGGCAGAGGAAGCAUGGGGGCGUUUGGUACGUGCUGCUCUUAGGAGAGAAAGGACAGGUACAGAUGCACAUGGGCAACCUGUCAGUGGAAUUUCUGGAUUUGUUCCAUCUUCUCUGGCAAAAAAUAGGGAUAUAGAUGCAAUUUUGAGAGCUGCAGAUGAACUUCAGGACGAGGAUCCAAAUAUAGCCAGAAUCUUGUGUGAGCAUGCAUACUCGUUGUCUCAGAAUUUGGACCCUAACAGUGAGGGUAGAGGCGUACUUCAGUUCAAGACUGGCUUAAUGUCUGUCAUAAAGCAAAAGCUUGCUAAGAGAGAGGUUGGAACCAUAGACAGAAGCUUGGACAUUGCUAGAUUGCAGGAGUUUUAUAAGGAUUACAGGAAGAAGCACGAUGUAGACAAACUACGCGAGGAUGAGAUGAUGUUAAGAGAGUCUGGUGUUUUCAGUGGCAACCUAGGAGAGUUGGAACGUAAAACUGUCCAAAGAAAAAGAGUUUUUGCAACUCUUAAAGUUCUUGGUAAUGUGUUAGAAGAGCUGACGAAGGAAAUGUCACCUAACAAUUCAGAAAAGUUAAUUCCUGAUGAGCUUAAACGUGUAAUGAAAUCUGAUGCGGCUAUGACAGAGGACCUAAUUGCUUAUAAUAUAAUCCCUUUGGAUGCUCCUACAACUUCGAAUGCUAUUGUCUCUAUGUCGGAGGUACGAGCUGCCAUUUCAGCCAUAGUGUACUUCAGGGGAUUACCUAAAUUGCCAGGAAAUUUCCCUGUACCUGCUACCAGGAGUGCAGAUCUCUUUGAUUAUCUGCAUUUUGUUUUUGGAUUUCAGAAAGACAAUGUCGCUAACCAGCGGGAACAUGUAGUUCAUCUCCUUGCCAAUGAGCAAUCUCGUCUUGGUAUUCCAGAGGAGCCUGAACCGAAACUAGACGAGGCUGCUGUGCAGAAUGUAUUCCUCAAGUCCCUAGAUAAUUAUAUUAAGUGGUGUAUCUACCUGGGCAUUCAACCAGUAUGGAGCAACUUGGAGGCUGUAAGCAAGGAAAAGAAGGUGUUAUUCCUCUCCUUGUAUUUUCUCAUAUGGGGGGAAGCAGGAAAUGUCAGGUUUCUUCCAGAAUGCUUGUGCUACAUAUUUCACCAUAUGGUAAGGGAACUAGAUGAAAUUCUGCGGCAACAGGUUGCACAACCAGCGAAUAGUUGCAAGACUGAGAAUGGAGUGUCAUUUCUAGAUCAAGUUAUAUGCCCUCUAUAUGAUGUUAUAGCAGCGGAGGCUUCAAACAAUGAUAAUGGCCGAGCACCUCAUUCUACCUGGAGAAAUUAUGAUGAUUUUAAUGAGUACUUUUGGUCACUUGGUUGCUUCGAACUUAGUUGGCCUUGGCGCAAAAACUCAUCCUUUUUCAUGAAGCCAACUCCAAGAUCUAAGCGUGCACUCAUUUCAGGUGGAAGUAAACGCUGUGGAAAAACUUCAUUUGUUGAGCACAGGACAUUUCUUCAUCUAUACCACAGCUUCCACAGAUUGUGGAUCUUCCUUAUCAUGAUGUUUCAGGGGCUAGCCAUCAUUGCUUUCAAUAAUGAAAGACUGAACAAAAACACUGUAAUUGAUCUUCUUAGCCUCGCCCCAACAUUUGUGGGGAUGAAAUUCUUCCAAAGUUUGCUAGACAUUAUAUUGAUGUUUGGAGCAUAUUCAACAUCACGGAGUCUAGCUGUGUCUCGAAUCUUUUUUAGGUUCCUGUGGUUCACUGCUGCAGCAGUAUUAAUAUGCUUCCUUUAUGUGAAAACUCUCCAAGAGCAUAAUAAACCAAAUGCAAGUGAUGUUAUCUUCAGGGUUUAUGUUAUGGUGAUAGGAAUUUAUGCUGGUGUCCAAUUAUUUAUUAGUUUCCUCUUGAGAUUUCCGAUUUUUCACCGCAUGGUCAAUCACUGUGAAAAUUGGCCUUUGACUCGUUUUAUCAAGUGGAUGCACCAGGAGCAUUAUUAUGUUGGUCGUGGCAUGUUUGAGAGGACAUCUGACUUUAUCAAGUAUUUGAUAUUCUGGCUUGUGGUUUUGGGCGCAAAAUUUGCAUUUGCUUAUUUUCUUUUGAUUAAACCCUUGGUGAAGCCAACGAGAGCUAUUCUGAAAGAGGAUAAUAUAGUUUACUCUUGGCAUGAUUUCGUAUCCAAGAAUAACCAUAAUGCCUUGACAGUCGCUUCAUUAUGGACACCAGUUGGCGCCAUCUAUCUCGUCGAUACAUUUUUAUUUUACACGGUCAUAUCUGCUGUUGUUGGAUUCUUGAUUGGGGCAAGAGAUCGUCUUGGAGAGAUUAGAUCAUUGGAGCUUGUACAUCAACUGUUUGAGAAGUUUCCUAAGGCUUUUGUGGAUACUCUUCAUGUCCCUAUACCCAAUAGGAACCUGCAAACCAAUAGCCAUGUCUUGGAGAAGAACAAGAUGGAUGCUGCUCGAUUUUCUCCCUUCUGGAAUGAGAUCAUAAAGAAUCUCCGGGAGGAGGAUUUUAUUAGCAACCUGGAAAUGGAGUUGCUUUUGAUGCCCAAAAAUACUGGAACUGCCCCUUUAGUUCAGUGGCCUCUUUUCCUUCUUGCAAGCAAGAUUAUUCUUGCAAGAGAUAUUGCAGUUGAUAGCAAAGAUUCACAAGAGGAGUUGUGGGAUAGGAUUUGUAGAGAUGAUUAUAUGAAAUAUGCAGUUGAGGAAUGUUAUCAUACAAUCAGACUUAUUCUGACUGCUAUCUUGGAUGAUGUGGGAAGACUGUGGAUUGAGAGAAUAUAUGAUGACAUACAAUCCAGUGUAGUAAACAGGAGUAUACCUGUGGACUUCCAACUUAGCAAACUGCCACUUGUGAUCUCUAGGAUUACAGCACUUAUGGGAAUACUGAAAGGAGCAGAAACCCAAGAACUUCAAAGUGGAGCAAUCAAAGCUAUUCAGGAGUUGUACGAUGUUAUACGUCAUGAUGUGCUAUCUAUAAAUAUGAGAGAACAUUACGAAACAUGGAGUAUGUUGUCAAAAGCAAGGAAUGAAGGUCGUCUAUUUUCUAGGAUAAAGUGGCCUGGAGAUGCUGAAUUAAAAGCACAAGUGAAAAGAUUAUAUUCACUUUUGACUAGCAAAGAGUCGGCAGCAAAUGUUCCCAGGAAUCUUGAGGCGAGACGUAGGCUUCAGUUCUUCACAAAUUCUCUCUUCAUGGAUAUGCCAAUUACAAAACCAGUUCGUCAGAUGAUGUCUUUUGGUGUAUUUACCCCCUAUUACUCAGAGACGGUUCUAUAUAGUCUAGAUGAACUUUUUAGGAAAAAUGAAGAUGGAAUAUCGGUACUGUUUUACCUUCAAAAAAUAUACCCAGAUGAGUGGAGAAAUUUUCUUGCUCGAAUUGGUCGUGAUGAAAGGUCAACUGAAGCAGAACUUUUUGAUACUCCUAUUGAUAUUCUUGAGCUGCGGUUUUGGGCUUCAUAUCGAGGACAAACAUUGUCCAGAACUGUUCGAGGUAUGAUGUAUUAUAGGAAAGCUUUGAUGCUUCAAACUUAUCUGGAAAGGAUGUCAGUAUCAGGUGUAGAUGCUGCGAUGUCCAGUAAAGAUCUAACUGAUACUGAAGGUUUCGAGUUAUCACCUGAAGCUCGAGCUCAAGCAGAUUUAAAAUUUACAUAUGUUGUUACAUGUCAAAUAUAUGGGAAACAGAAAGAAGAACAAAAGCCAGAGGCUGUUGACAUUGCAUUGCUAAUGCAGAGGAAUGAAGCUCUUCGUGUUGCAUUUAUUGAUGAAGUGGAGACUCUGAAGGAGGGUAAAGUCCAUAAGGAAUAUUACUCAAAACUUGUGAAGGCUGACAUCAAUGGAAAGGAUAAGGAGAUUUAUGCGAUAAAGUUGCCUGGAAAUCCAAAGCUUGGUGAGGGGAAGCCGGAAAACCAAAACCAUGCUGUUGUAUUUACUCGCGGGAAUGCAGUGCAGACAAUUGAUAUGAAUCAGGAUAACUAUUUUGAGGAAGCUUUGAAGAUGAGAAAUCUUCUUGAAGAGUUUCACCAUGAUCAUGGUCUACGUCCUCCAACCAUACUUGGAGUGAGGGAACAUGUGUUCACUGGAAGUGUGUCGUCUUUAGCUUUAUUCAUGUCCAAUCAAGAGAGCAGCUUUGUGACCCUUGGUCAGCGUGUUCUGGCAAACCCUUUAAAGGUGCGAAUGCAUUAUGGUCACCCUGAUGUUUUUGAUCGAGUCUUCCAUAUAACACGUGGUGGCAUCAGCAAGGCCUCUCGUGUAAUUAACAUCAGCGAAGACAUAUUCUCAGGAUUCAAUUCAACAUUGCGUCAAGGAAAUAUUACUCAUCAUGAAUAUAUUCAGGUUGGCAAGGGAAGAGAUGUAGGGCUCAAUCAGAUUGCAAUUUUUGAAGGGAAAGUUGCAGGUGGUAACGGUGAACAAGUUCUUAGUAGAGAUGUUUACAGACUUGGCCAGCUGUUUGAUUUCUUCAGAAUGAUGUCCUUUUACUUUACAACUGUUGGCUACUAUUUCUGUACAAUGUUAACGGUGCUGACUGUCUAUGCUUUCCUUUAUGGGAGGUUGUAUUUGGCACUAUCUGGGGUUGGUGAAACCUUGGCUGUGAGAGCUGGGAUCUCAGGCAAUGCUGCACUGAGUGCUGCAUUAAAUGCUCAAUUCCUGUUUCAAAUUGGUGUGGUCACUGCUAUACCAAUGAUAUUGGGCUUUAUCUUGGAACAAGGACUUCUAACGGCCAUUGUUAGUUUUGUGACAAUGCAGUUUCAGCUUUGUACUGUCUUCUUCACUUUCUCCCUCGGCACAAGAACACACUACUUUGGCCGCACAAUUCUCCAUGGUGGUGCUAGGUACCAAGCAACUGGAAGAGGAUUUGUGGUGCGCCACAUCAAAUUUGCUGAGAAUUACAGGCUCUACUCACGCAGUCAUUUUGUCAAGGGGAUGGAAGUUGUCCUGUUGUUGGUUGUAUAUCUUGCAUAUGGAUACAAUGAUGGUGGAGCUCUUGGUUAUAUUCUUCUUUCAGUGAGCAGUUGGUUCAUGGCUAUAUCUUGGCUAUAUGCUCCCUAUUUGUUCAAUCCAUCCGGUUUUGAGUGGCAGAAGGUAGUGGAGGACUUCAGGGACUGGACAAACUGGCUUCUCUACAGAGGUGGAAUUGGAGUGAAGGGGGCAGAAAGUUGGGAAGCUUGGUGGGAUGAAGAAUUGGCACAUAUUCGAAACUUUUCAGGGAGAGUGAUGGAAACUAUUCUGAGCCUUAGAUUCUUCAUCUUCCAGUAUGGUAUUGUAUACAAACUCCAUGUCCAGGGAACAAAUACAUCACUAGCGAUCUACGGAUUCUCAUGGGCUGCCUUAGCGGGACUGGUUAUUCUUUUCAAGGUCUUCACGUUCAGUCAGAAAAUGUCGGUUAACUUUCAACUGGUGUUGCGGUUCAUCCAAGGGAUUUCCUUCUUACUUGCUUUGGCCGGUUUAUCCCUAGCUGUUGCAUUCACCAACCUGUCAAUUUCUGAUGUUUUCGCUUGCAUCUUAGCGUUUAUACCAACAGGAUGGGGAAUACUUUCUAUUGCUGCGGCUUGGAAGCCUGUGAUUAAGAGACUCGGAUUGUGGAAAUCUAUCCGAUCCCUCGCGAGAUUAUAUGAUGCUGGGAUGGGAAUGAUUUUAUUCAUCCCAAUUGCGUUCUUUGCUUGGUUCCCAUUCUUUUCCACGUUCCAAACGAGACUUAUGUUCAAUCAAGCGUUUAGUCGAGGAUUGGAGAUCUCCCUUAUCCUUGCUGGAAACAACCCCAACACUGGGCUAUAAUUUCGAUCCAACUCUUUUGUUUUUGGUAAAGAAAAUCGUAUAUUGACUAAUUUUUUUAUUCAGAUUAGGAAACAAAUCGUUGGAAUUUUUUUUUAACUGUUUUCAAAUAGGUGUGGAGAUUUGCCAACAAACAUAUCUGUUGGAAAUUUUAUUGUACAAUUUUAUCAGUACAAUUUAUGCACAAACAUCACUUACAUGAAAUAUACCCCUAUUCCUCCUUAA